AUGGACCGAAACAUCUCAGUCAACAGUGACAAAACACUCGCUCAGGAAGAGGCAACUUCUCCACGCAUAUCCAACUCGACAGCUAGCAGCGUUUCUUCCAAAUCGGACAGACAGAAUGAUUUUACUGCAAAUGACAGCGCCUCAUCAAAUGGAUCCGAUGAUGAUACGAAUACUGCUCAUCUCAGUCAAGCUGCCCUGACUCAGACGCUCAGUCAACGAAAAAGUCAAGCAUCGGGCCAUGAGGGCGAAGAAUGGGCGCAGAUCGAAAAAUUGAUUUCACGAAUGUUCGGCCAUGAGCGGAAGGCUAGUUCCAAGGAAGAAAAGACACGACACGCUGGAGUGGUCUGGAAAGAUCUUACUGUGAAAGGCUUAGGCCUUGGAGCCGCUCUACAACCGACCAAUGGUGACAUCUUCCUUGGAAUACCUAGGCUUAUCAAGAAGCUAUUCACUCGUGGAAGGAAGGGCGCUGGCGUGGGAAAACCUGAACUUCGUACCAUUUUGGAUGACUUUACAGGCUGCGUUCGCCCCGGAGAAAUGCUUCUGGUCCUUGGUCGACCUGGCUCAGGAUGUUCUACAUUUCUGAAGGUCAUUGGCAACCAGAGAUACGGAUAUGAAAGCAUCGAUGGUGACGUUCUAUACGGAGGCACAGAUUCUGGUGCAAUGGCCAAAAACUACCGCUCUGAAGUCUCCUAUAACCCGGAGGAUGAUCUUCACUACGCUACGCUGACCGUGCGAGAGACCCUGCUGUUUGCUCUGAAGACUCGAACACCGGAUAAAGAAUCUCGGAUUCCCGGUGAGAGUCGCAAAGAUUACCAGCAGACCUUUUUGUCUGCAAUUGCCAAGCUGUUUUGGAUCGAGCAUGCAAUGGGAACCAAGGUUGGCAAUGAACUCAUUAGAGGCAUUUCCGGAGGAGAGAAAAAGCGUGUCUCAAUUGGAGAGGCUAUGGUGACCAAAGCCAGCACCCAGUGUUGGGACAACUCCACUCGAGGACUAGAUGCAAGCACUGCACUGGAAUAUGUGCAAAGCUUGCGAAGCUUGACCAACACCGCUCAGGUUUCAACUUUAGUAGCUCUUUAUCAGGCUUCGGAGAAUUUGUUCAACCUUUUUGACAAAGUCAUACUCAUUGAAGAUGGAAAAUGUGCCUUCUUUGGUAGCUCGGAUGAUGCAAAGUCAUAUUUUGAGAAUUUGGGGUUCGAGUGCCCACCACGAUGGACAACGCCGGAUUUCUUGACGUCCGUUAGUGAUCCCCACGCAAGGCGGAUCAAACCUGGAUGGGAAAAUCGAAUCCCUCGUACGGCAGAAGAGUUUCAAGCAGCCUACCGUCAAAGUGAUAUUGCAAAGGCCACCCUUUCGGACAUUCACGAUUUUGAGAACGAAUUAAAAGCUACCGAACACGAGAGAGAGGCAUCGCGACAAAAUAUGACAACGAAAAACUACACAGUACCAUUCUGGAAGCAGGUAAUGAUCCUCACUCACCGUCAGUUCCUCGUGAUGUUUGGAGAUCGGGCAGCUCUGGCGGGCAAAUGGGGAGUUAUCACUUUUCAGUCUUUGAUUGUGGGAAGCUUGUUUUAUGACCUGCCCAGUACAAGCUCUGGAGUUUUUACUCGAGGAGGUGUCAUGUUCUACAUCCUCUUGUUCAACACUCUACUUGCACUCGCUGAGCUCACAGCUGCUUUCCACAGCAGACCAAUUUUAAUGAAGCAUAAAAGCUUCUCUUUCUACCGUCCGGCAGCAUACGCCUUGGCUCAAGUUGUUGUAGACAUUCCGCUGGUGUUUAUCCAAGUUGUUAUAUUCGACUUAGUUGUAUACUUCAUGGCGAACCUUUCCAGAACACCGUCCCAGUUCUUUAUCAACCUGUUGUUCAUUUUUACACUUACCAUGACAAUGUAUUCUUUCUUCCGUGCUCUAGGAUCGCUAUGCGCUUCAUUGGAUAUUGCUACUCGACUUACGGGUGUCGCCAUUCAGGCACUGGUUGUAUACACUGGCUACUUAAUUCCACCUUGGAAGAUGCAUCCAUGGCUUAAAUGGCUUAUUUGGAUAAAUCCACUUCAAUAUGCAUUUGAAGCAUUGAUGUCCAAUGAGUUCCACGAUCUUGAAAUCCAAUGCGAAGCGCCAUAUGUUGUCCCUUCUGGUCCAACGGCGAGCGCUGGCCAUCAAGGUUGCGCACUUCAAGGCAGUUCUCCCAACGACCUCACGGUUCAGGGAUCCGACUACAUCAAAACAGCCUUCACAUAUUCCCGCAGUCAUUUGUGGAGAAACUUUGGUAUCAUCAUUGCGUGGUUUCUUCUUUUCGUCUUUUUGACCAUGCUUGGGAUGGAGAUCCAGAAACCAAACAAAGGAGGGAGCUCAGUCACUGUCUUCAAAAGAGGCGAGGCUCCCAAGGCAGUUGAACAUGCUAUCGAGAAUUCAGGACGACCGGCAGACGUAGAGUCCACGGAAAAGGAGGCACCGUCUGCAAAAAUGACGGAUGACGAAGCGAAUGAAAAGGUAAAAGAUCUCGCCAAAAAUACGUCAAUUUUCACGUGGCAGGAUGUGAACUAUACCAUUCCUUACAAAGGUGGACAUCGGAAGCUUUUGCAGAAUGUGAAUGGUUAUGUUAAACCUGGUCGGCUUACGGCCUUGAUGGGUGCAUCGGGUGCAGGAAAAACCACACUUCUAAAUGCUCUGGCCCAGCGCAUCAACUUUGGCGUGGUGACCGGCAGUUUUCUGGUUGAUGGACACCCUCUUCCAAAGAGCUUUCAACGUGCGACAGGCUUCGCUGAGCAAAUGGAUAUACACGAACCAACAGCCACAGUACGGGAAUCCCUACGAUUCUCUGCCCUUUUGCGGCAACCCAAAGAAGUCCCACUCCAGGAGAAGUAUGAUUACUGCGAAAAAGUGAUUGAUCUGCUAGAGAUGCGAUCUAUUGCUGGUGCCACAGUCGGAUCGGCUGGCUCGGGACUGACUCAAGAGCAGCGCAAGCGACUUACCAUUGGAGUCGAGUUGGCCAGUAAGCCUGAGUUGCUACUGUUUCUGGAUGAGCCAACAUCUGGACUUGAUUCUUUAGCAGCGUUCAAUAUCGUUCGCUUCCUUCGAAAACUGGCAGAUGCCGGUCAGGCUAUUCUUUGCACCAUCCAUCAGCCCUCUGCUGUUCUUUUCGAAGAGUUCGAUGAAUUGCUUCUGCUCCAGAGUGGCGGACGAGUGGUUUACAAUGGUGCUCUCGGAUCAGACUCGAAGACACUCAUUGAGUACUUUGAAAGAAAUGGCGGAAACAAAUGCUCGCCAAAUGCCAAUCCAGCCGAGUACAUGCUCGAAGUUAUUGGAGCUGGUAAUCCAGAGUAUAAAGGCCAAGAUUGGGGAGAUGUAUGGGCUUCCUCACCAGAAUACAAAAAUCUCUCUACAGAGCUGGAGGACAUCAUUCGCACUCGCCACGACAUAGAAAAAAAGGAGACCAGAGAUGACCGUGAAUUUGCCAUGCCUCUGUAUGUUCAGAUCGUGGCAGUGACUAGGAGGAACUUUGUGGCCUACUGGAGGCUUCCGGACUACAUACUUGGCAAAUUUAUGCUUCACAUCUUCACCGGUCUUUUUAACACCUUUACGUUCUGGCACCUAGGCAACAGCUAUAUCGAUAUGCAAUCGAGACUCUUCGCUGUCUUCAUGACACUCACCAUUUCACCGCCACUGAUUCAGCAGCUACAACCACGCUACCUGCAUGCUCGAGGCCUCUACGAAUCUCGCGAGUCCAGUUCCAAGAUUUACUCUUGGGUUGCUUUUGUUGUAAGCGCAAUUCUACCCGAACUGCCAUACUCAAUUGUGGCGGGAUCUGUCUACUUCAAUUGCUGGUACUGGGGAAUCUGGUUCCCACGCGACUCUUUUAGCUCCGGCUAUGUUUGGAUGAUGCUGAUGCUGUUUGAAUGCUUUUAUGUUGGCUUUGGACAGUUCAUCGCAGCCUUUGCGCCAAAUGAUCUAUUUGCCUCCUUGCUAGUUCCCACAUUCUUUACUUUCGUCGUCUCGUUUUGUGGUGUCCUUGUUCCCUAUUCUGCGCUCCCUCAUUUCUGGCAAUCGUGGAUGUAUUGGCUCACCCCCUUCCACUAUCUCCUAGAAGGGUUCCUAGGUGUGGUGACUCAUAAUGUCCCUAUUCGCUGUGUUGAACGGGAGGAGGCCCACUUCAGUCCACCCCCAGGACAGACCUGCCAGGAAUACGUAGGAACUUACGCUCGUGAAGCUGGUGGUUAUGUCAGUGACGUUGGAAAUGGGAUGUGCGCCUACUGUCAGUACUCUACAGGAGAUCAAUAUGCUGCUAGCUACAAUGUCUUCUAUUCGCAUAAAUGGAGGAACUAUGGAAUUUUCUGGGCUUAUGUGAUCUUCAAUUUCAUGGUGGUCUUUUUGUUCUCCUGGUUGUAUCUCCACGGGGUUCGGGAUAUGAAACGGUGGUUCAGUGCACGAAAGACAAGAAAAGUAGCAAAUGCCUGA